CCUCGUCCCAACAACAACACCUUACUCUCGCUCGCACGACCAUGUCGCGACAUCGUUUCGAUGCAGAGGAGACGAUGAGCCUCACAAGUGGGCGCAAGAGCAGCAUUCACGAAGCCAUGAACGGCGAUGGCGGCGGCGGCGGCGGCGCCUAUCCUCUAGGGCAGCACACAGCCAAGCGCUUGGACUCAUUUGUCCGCCGCAUCGACUCCCUCCUGUCUACGGGCAUUGCCGUCGUGCUCCUUCUUCUUCUUUGCGCAUCAUGGAUCGAGCCACCCAACUAUCGCGCCACUCGCAAGAUCUCUUCCCGCUAUGAUGCCUGUCAUCUCGACGUGCACGGCCUCGUCCAGCGCUUUGACCUCUCGUCCCGCUUCCACUACUCCCGCAACUUCGUCGUUCCAUCUACCCGAGACCGAGAGCUGGACCCUACGCUCGCUUUUGGCCGCUUUGAUCCUCAUCCUCGACAGAUCAGAGCUCAGCUGGCCCAGAAAUUCGACGAGCUGGACAGCAACAGCCUCGCUACUGCCCGACUUUCUACAUGCUCCGUCUCCAACAUCGUGGACGUCCCCUUCUUUCCCCCACACCACUCGACCCGCACGCAGGGCAAAAACAUCAUGGUCGGCUACGCAACCAACACGGCCCGCAUCCGUAAAUGGACUCCGAUGCUGCAGCAUUCCUUCGCCCACACAGGCCUUCACCUCGUUCUCCAGCUGCCCGGCAACGAAGAUGGUGUCGACCUGGCUCGCGACCUCAAUGCGCUGGGCAUCCGCACCUCAAUAAUCCACGACGACGCCGAGUAUCGCAUCAGAUGGGCUCGCCUGCCCAUGGUCCUCUACCCGCUCGCCGACCGCAAUACGCAAUGGAUCAUGGUCAGCGAUGACGACUCCUUUGUGCUCAGCCUGCCUCGCAUCCUCGCCGUCCUGGACAAGUACGAUCCACGCCAGCACCACUUUGUCGGCACCCUCUCCGACAAGUGGGCGAAUAUGGUCUUUGGACCCGAGUCAUUCGGUGGAGGCGGGACGUUCCUGAGCUUGCCCCUCGUCAAGCAUCUCCUACCGCAUUGGGAGGCAUACGCCCAACGGGAGUGGUUGAUCGGAGGCGAUCAGCGCAUGAGCUGGUGCGUCUUUGAGAAUAGCUACGCGCGGUUGAGCUGGGAGCCUACUGUCUUGACGCAGAAUGAUGCAGAGGGGGAUAUUCAAGGGCUGAUUGAGUCGGGCCAACGCUUCGGCACUUUUCAUCACCUCUCGUGGCGAGAGCGACAACACAACGAGACGCUCUUCGCCUUUGCUGCUCAGGCCUGCGGAUCGAGCCGCAGCGAAUGUCUUUUCCAACGCUUCCUCUUGCCAGAGAAUCGCGCCUCACCCUCCUCGUCGUCCACGCGCUUCAUGCUCACGCACGGCUGGUCCAUCGUUCGCUACCCGACCGCUCAUCUACCCGACUUUGGCCGCACGGAGCUCACGUGGGAACACGCCCCUCAAGAUUACUGGUCGCACGGCAUGGGCCCGCUGCGAGACAAGGUCGAGGAGCGUACCCGCGAGACCAAGCCCGAUCGGCCGUGGAAGGAGUCUUGGCUGCUCGCGGAGGUGAAGCUUGCGGAGGGCAGCGAGCCGGCGAGGCACACGUACGUGAAGCGCGGUGGCGCAGAUGGACUGGACAGCGUCAUAGAACUAGUCUGGCUCUGAGAGAGAGAAAGUCAGGAACCAGGUACCAGGCGGCGAGGCGAAGGCGAG